AUGGAUCCUUUGAUGUCGGACUCCGUGUUUGAUGAUGGGGAUGUUUCAGAUGAUUUUGCGCCUUCAACGAAAGUCAAAGCCAAGCCCAAAGCAGCUGCCAAACCAAAGGCGGAUCCAAAGCCCAAAGCUGCUCUGAAAAAGCCUCGAGCCCCCAAGGCUGCCCCAAAGAAGAUGUCACAGACCACACUGAAGCCAACGAAGAAGCCCCCGAAGCCCGAUACGGAGGACGAGGAUUCUGAGGGUGAUCCCUCAUCGCACGACGACUCACUCCUUUCCAACACCCCACCAAGCGCGAAGAUACCAAAGAAGGCCCCUGGCCCGAAGAAAAUGGGCGCAAAACCUCUCCGUGAGGUUGAGAAUGAGGCUAUAGCUGAAGCCAUAGACGCCUCUAUGAUGAUGGAUGGCGUAAAUGAGCCGAAGGUAACGAAGGGCUCUAAGUCGACAGAGACGUACCAGAAGCUCACGCAACUGGAACACAUAAUCAAGCGCCCAGACACUUACAUUGGGUCCGUCGAAGCCCAGGAGAAGCAGAUGUGGGUGUACAACAGUGAACAAGAGUCGAUGGAAAUGAGAUCCGUCACCUUUGUACCGGGUAUCUACAAGAUUUUUGACGAGAUCCUCGUCAAUGCUGCAGACAACAAGCAGCGAGAUAAGAACAUGGAUACAAUCAAAGUCACGAUCGAUCGAGCGAAGGGCGAGAUCAGCGUCUUAAACAAUGGACGUGGUAUUCCGAUCGAGAUUCAUGAGAAGGAGCAAAUUUACAUUCCAGAGAUGAUCUUCGGUCAUCUGCUCACGUCUUCCAACUAUGACGAUGAUCAGGAUAAGGUCACGGGUGGUCGAAACGGUUAUGGUGCUAAGCUUUGCAACGUUUUCAGCACUGAAUUUACCCUAGAGACUGCAGAUUCCAAGACGAAGAAGAAGUACACGCAGACAUGGACCGCAAACAUGAGCAAGAUGGGCAAGGCUUCAAUUACAUCGAACAAAGGUGAUGACUUUACGAAAAUCACAUUCGCCCCAGAUUUCCAGAGAUUCAAGAUGCAGGGUAUAGACAACGACUUGGAAGCCUUGAUGAAGCGUAGAGUCUAUGACUUGGCAGGCACCAGCAAAGGUGUUAAAGUUUGGCUGAACGGUGAGAGGAUCAAGAUCAACAGCUUCAAGAAAUACAUGGAGAUGUACACCAAGGCCAUCAAGAAGGAAAGGGGCGAUGAAGCAGUCAACGAUACCUCUGAGAUCAUCACAGAAAGCCCGGAUGUGAGAUGGGAAAUUGGGUUCGCGGUGUCAGACGGGACAUUUCAACAGGUUUCUUUCGUCAACUCGAUUGCCACAACUUCUGGUGGUACCCAUGUCAACUAUGUUGCCGAUCAAGUCUGCACGAAGCUGCUGGAAAUUGUCAAAAAGAAGAAAAACAACAAAGCCGCAUCUCUCAAAAUCAGCCAAAUCCGAAACCACAUAUUCCUUUUUGUCAAUUGCUUAAUUGUCAAUCCAGCGUUCACCUCACAGACCAAGGAGCAAUUGACUACCAAGCAUAGUCAGUUUGGCAGUAAGUGCAACGUCAGCGAUGAGUUUCUCAAGAAAAUCGCCAGAACUGAAGUUGUGGCCAACAUCCUGCAUUUCGCAGAGCAGAAGGCAGACCAGAUUCUCAAGAAGAGCGAUGGUAGCCGACGAAGUCGUAUGGACAAUCCGAAGCUCACAGAUGCCAACAAGGCUGGCACCAAAGAUGGCUACAAGUGCACGCUCAUCUUGACCGAGGGAGACUCGGCCAAAGGUUUGGCAAUCGCAGGUCGAUCUGUUGUCUCUGCAGAUCUAUUCGGUGUAUAUCCGCUUCGUGGCAAACUGCUCAACGUGCGAGACGCUCCAGUCGAUCAAAUAGCGAAAAACGCCGAAAUCCAGAACAUCAAGAAUUUCAUUGGGCUCAAGCACAAGACAACCUACACGGACUGCAAGAGCUUGCGUUACGGACAUCUCAUGAUCAUGACUGACCAAGAUCACGACGGAAGCCAUAUCAAGGGUUUGCUCAUCAACUUCCUCCAAGUCCAAUUCCCGAGUCUGCUCAAGAUCCCCGAAUUCCUCGUCGAGUUCAUCACACCCAUUGUCAAAGCUUACAAGGGCGAUCCAAAGAAGCCCAAGCAGGCCGAGACUUUUUUCACCAUGCCAGAGUAUGAGGCAUGGAAAGAAGACCACAAACCUGAACUGCACAAAUGGGAACACAAGUACUACAAAGGAUUGGGUACAAGCACCACAGAGGAAGCUCAGGUCUACUUCCGAGAUCUGGACAGGCACUUGAAAGAGUUCCAUACCAUGAAGGAAAGUGAGGUCGAACUUAUUGAGCUUGCAUUCUCGAAAAAGAAAGCAGACGAGCGGAAGGAAUGGCUUCGCCAAUUCAAGCCUGGAACGUAUCUCGACCAUUCGGAGAAAGGUGUCUCGUACACCGACUUCGUCAACAAAGAACUGAUUCUCUUCAGCAUGGCGGAUAACAUGCGUUCGAUCCCCUCUGUCGUUGAUGGUUUGAAGCCUGGGCAACGCAAGGUUCUCUACACAUGCUUCAAGCGUAACUUGAAGAAAGACGUGAAGGUUGUUGAACUUGCCGGUUCUAUUUCUGGUCUCACUGCCUAUCAACAUGGUGAAGCCUCCCUUCAAGGUACCAUUGUGGGCCUUGCGCAGACCUUCGUUGGAUCUAACAAUCUUAAUUGUCUUGAGCCCAGCGGCAACUUCGGCAGUCGUCUCCAGGGAGGUAGCGAUUGUGCCAGCGCACGUUACAUCUAUACACGUCUCUCGCCUUUUGCUAGAAAGGUUUUCCAUGCUUCAGAUGAGCCGCUUUUGACCUACAACACAGACGACGAGCGUACGAUUGAGCCUGAAGUCUAUGUACCAGUAGUCCCAAUGGUCUUGAUCAACGGUGCGGACGGUAUCGGGACUGGAUGGAGUUCCUCGAUCCCGAAUUACAAUCCCGAGGACAUCGUUGAGAAUCUCAAGCUCAUGAUGGCCGGCGAACCUCCGAAGGAAAUGACUCCAUGGUUCCGAGACUUCAAAGGCACCGUCACCCGUAUGGGUCCUGACCGAUACAAGUUCAGUGGAGUCAUCAGGCAGACAAGCGAUACCGAGGUCGAGGUCACCGAGCUGCCGGUGCGCAUGUGGACUCAGGACUUCAAAGACAGGAUUGUAGACAUCAUCAAGGCAGAGAAGACACCAUCUUGGAUCAAGGACUACGAUGACUACAACACACACAAGGAUGUUCAUUUCGUCAUCAAGAUGGAAGACAAGCAUAUGAAACUUGCGCUCGAGGAAGGCUUGGAAGAGAAGUUCAAGCUGACAAAGUCGAUUGCCACAUCCAAUCUGGUUGCUUUUGAUGCUGAGGGUAGAAUCACGAAAUAUGCGACUGUCGAAGAUAUUUUGAAAGAGUUCUAUGGUAUCCGCAUCAAGUUCUAUGAGAAGCGAAAGGCCUAUAUGCUGUCUGACAUGCACCGUGAGCUUGAGAAGUUCACCAACCAAGCACGCUUCGUCCAGAUGAUUAUCGACGGAAAACUCGUUGUAUCAAAGAAGAAGAAGCUGGCCUUGGUACAAGAGCUGAAGGAGAAGGGUUUCAAGGCCUUUCCCAAGAAGGCCGAAGCUAUCAAAGAGGGGGAACUUGCGCCUAUUGCAGACAAUGACGAAGAGGAGGAGGAGGAUACCCAGACUGGCGCAGCCGCAUAUGACUACCUUCUCGGCGUAAGUCUAAGCAAGACCUUGAUUCGAAAUUGUGGCAUGUAA